CCUCAGUGCUCGGAGCUCGCUGGCGCUGCGCUGCUGUCGCCGUCGCCGCUGCAUCCCGCCAGCCCGCCCUCGGCGCGUUCCCGCCGCUCUCCGAUCCCUGCAGCGGGCCCGGGGCGCGCUCGGUCGCUCCGGGCAGUGUUCUGGUUGCAGCCCCGCUGCGAUGGCCACCAAGAUCGACAAGGAGGCUUGCCGGGCGGCGUAUAAUCUGGUGCGCGACGACAACUCGGCCGUCAUCUGGGUGACUUUUAAAUAUGAAGGCUCAACCAUCGUCCCCGGGGAGCAGGGAGCCGAGUACCAGCACUUCAUCCAACAGUGCACAGAUGACGUCCGGCUGUUCGCCUUUGUGCGCUUCACCACCGGGGACGCCCUGAGCAAGAGGUCCAAGUUCGCCCUCAUCACGUGGAUCGGCGAGAACGUCAGCGGGCUGCAGCGCGCCAAGACGGGCACAGACAAGACGCUGGUGAAGGAGGUGGUCCAGAAUUUUGCAAAAGAGUUUGUGAUCAGCGAUCGGAAGGAGCUGGAGGAAGAUUUCAUCAAGAGCGAGCUGAAGAAGGCGGGGGGCGCCAACUACGACGCCCAGGCCGAGUAGCCCUGCCCGCCCCGCCCCUGCCAAAGCCACCCGCCUGCUGCCGGGGAGGGGACGGCGGCCUCACCCCCCCCACCGCCCGCCAGGAGAGGAGAAGGAUGCGAGCCCCCGCCCGCCGCCCCAGCCCGCCGAGCCCCCGCCCGCCCCCCCGCCCCGUGUCCUCAUGGAGCUCAUGGAUCAUUCCGUCUUCGAUUUUCUUUUUCUUGUUUCCCCUCUUUCUCCUUCUAAAGAAAGACCAUUUUGAGAAAGGUCAUGCAGGUCAUCAGACCUGAGGAGUGCCCGCGGUGGCCCCCUCCCCGGUGUCCCUCCCCCGCUCCCUGGCGGGCACCGUCUUGGUUUGCCUUGGUGGCUCCUGCUUGCCACCCAGCUGGCCGCCGUGCCUGGGCCGACCGCAGCCUUCACGAGCAUACUCCUUCGCCAUCCGCGGGCUCAGGCUCCUGGGACAUGCGCUGGGCCCUCAUCCCACCACCAUCCAGAGUCUCACGGAGAGGAGUUUAGGUCUGGCUCGGACCGAACUAGAAGUGAUAAAAUUUGCCUUAAAACUUGCCUGGCGGUGACUUUGCCAUGUGGUCUGACCCUACCUGGUCCCACUCUUUUGACUCAAAUGCCUUCACGGCAUGGGAAAGGUCUGAGUCCAGGGAGGGAGCUAUCCGGGGCUCCCAGAGUGACCAGGACUCAGGGAGAGAGGCCCGGAGUGCAGCACGGGGACCCGGGGACCCGGGGAGAGCCUGCUCUGCAGCCUGGCUGGGGUGCCGCCCAGGGCCCGCCCACCGCCUCCAGGAAGGCUGUUGGCGUCCUAGGUCCACCCCACAGCUUCAGGAUGGCUCUGGCUUGGUUCUUCAUGGGCACAUUUUAUACCGUAGCUCCUUUUCCUUCUUUCCUUGCUCUUUUCGUUUUGGGGAAGAAAACUGUACUGGACGGGGGUUGUGAAGACGCCCCCCGCACUCAGUUUACAGAAAUAAAUGCGUUGUGUUUUUCAAAAAGA